AUGAAGAGUGGGCUGGAUAGGAACUACUCAGAGGUGACUGAGUUCAUCCUGCUGGGGUUCAGAGUCCCCCCAAAGCUUCAGCUCCUCUUAUUCUUAGCAUUCUUGAUGAUCUACAUGGUCACUGUAGUGGGGACUGUCAGCAUGAUCAUUGUUAUUAAGAACUCCAGACCACAGACCCCUAUGUACUUCUUCCUUAGAAAAUUGUCCUACCUAGAUCUCUGCUAUUCCACCAUCAUUGCUCCCAAAACCUUAGCCAACUUCUUGACCAGUGAAAAGAAAGUUUCAUACAAUGGCCGUGCUGCCCAAUUUUUCUUCUUUGCCCUGCUUGUCACAGUUGAAGCCCUUCUUCUUGCUGUCAUGGCAUUUGGUACAUUUUCAGCCAUUUGUUCACCUCUGCUUUACCCUGUGCACAUGUCCCAGAAGGUCUGUGUUCAGUUGGUAACUGGCUCCUACAUCUGUGGGUGCAUCAACUCCAUGGUAAAAACAAGUUUCACUUUCAGCUUGCGAUUCUGUGGAGAAAACAGGCUGGACCACUUUUUCUGUGAUGUUCCAGCUCUGAUCAAGAUCUCCUGUGCUGACACCUCUGUGAAUGAGACUGUGCUGUUUAUUCUCUCCGCAUUCAUCAUUGUGUCCACCACAACUGCCAUUCUGGUUUCCUAUGGGUACAUCCUCUCCACGGUCCUGAAGAUCCCCUCCACCCAUGGCAAGAGUAAGACGUUCUCCACCUGUGGUUCCCAUAUCGCAGUGGUGAGUUUAUUCUAUGGAACUAUGUUCGUCAUGUACGCCCAACCCGGGGCCAUCUCCUCACCAGAGAAAAGCAAGAUCGUAGCUGUGUUCUACACACUUGUAAUACUCAUGCUGAACCCAUUAAUAUACAGUCUGAGAAAUAGAGAUGUGAAAGAUGCUGUGAAAAGAAUAUUAUGUAGGCAAUGGCUCUCCCAGUGA